AGUUUCCUUCUUUUUGUUUCACUGUUUGGAUCUGUUCAGAAAGAAACCCGAGAAAGAGGGCCACCGCACACGCCGUUUCCGUGUAUCUCUGUGCAGUGAAAGUUUUCAUACCAUACGUACGAUACCAUGAGGAUAGUCUGUGUUGCCUUCGUGCUGCUGCACCCCGCGGCAAUCGGCCACGCACUACUGCUUCCACCACCCGCAACGCGAAAGCUUGCCGUGAUUGGCAGUAUCGAGCCAGCAACCCGACCAUCCCGUUCCCACACCCGGAAUCGAUUCGGGCCGUCAUCCACAUGUGACACCGCCCUCUCCUCCAAAGCUCCACCCGAAGAAUACGACGACGGGAUUGGCGAUCUACAAAACCAAAACAACAGGAACGACGGCGACGACAACAACUGGCAGGAGCGGAGCGACGAUGCCGCGACGAAUUAUGCCGAGGGCGAGUCUCUCUCUGCGGAAUUCUUUCAAAACCUACGGGAUCGACAGGAAGGCGGGGCCGUGGACGCGAAUUCUUCGCUGUCGUCACUCUCCCGGUCCCCUGUGUCACGAGAGCAGUUCGACAGCGGCUUGUUCGAACCAAGUGAAUACGACGACAACUAUACGGACGCCCGAGCCAAUGCCCCGCCAACUCCGGGGACCAAAAAAUUUACCGGUCGACGGAGCGAGGGGAGCUUGGACUAUUUCGGAGCCUCCUCUAGCGGGAACAACCAGAGGAGUGGCGGCAGCAACAAUAGCAACAACAACAACGCGGUGCGGCAGCAAAUGAUGAGGAGGGAGUACGACUUGGUCAGCGGGGCGACGGGGAGGACCGCCCUCGGCCUGCAGGCGGGGCUCGCGUUGACCAUGCUGGUGUUCUUUCUCUACGUUGGGUUCUCCGGGGGCAUCGUGAGCGGAGAAGGAGCAGUCGACGCGGACUUUGGUGGGGACGACCUCAUCCAGUUCGAACAGAUAAUACCUUUGCCGCGGGAUUCCGACAAGAGCGUUUGGAUAUAACACGAGAAAACACACGAAGGAUAACACUGAGUUACUUGCAAUCGCACAAGUUCAUGCCAUCAAAAAAUCACGAAACAGAGAGGAUCAAUCUCCACCUCACGAAGUCAUAGUCGAAUACUACCGCUACCGGUACUUCUCGUUAAUGUGUGUUUCUUCUUUUCUGGGCCUCCUUGUGCAUUGUGUAUUCAAGUAUGCUACAGUUUCCGUACAUAGUACCGUGUUUCUAUUCUAGUGUGCUCAGGAAUGGUUUGGAAAAAGCAGUAAACUUUCGGAAGGUGU